CACAGUACCAGCAGCAUGAUGACGAAGGUGGGCAGUCGAUGCUGCAGUCCGGUCUCCCUCGCUGUGGUCGUAAUGCUCGUGCUAGCAAGUUAUAUAACUUUCUCUCGCAGAAUGGAACCGGCAGGAGACGCGACUCAUGCACGAGUAGAAAUUCGAGGCAAUAUUACGGAUAAAGCCGACAUCUACCGAGAAGCUAUUCACCAGGUCCAUCAAAGGGUGAAGGACAAAGGGGAUGACUUGGUCGGGUUUGAUGAUGGAGAACUUAAGCGGAGGGCGACACACGUAAAAGACGUCUGUUCCAUGGUGAACAGUCCAAAUAUAUCAUUGGAUCAUGUGUCAUAUUACAAACAUCUGGACCUACUAUACUGCCAUGUACCAAAGGCUGCCACGAAGUUUUGGUUCCGAGCCUUGCACAUACUGGAAACCGGUCAACACAAAUCUCCAUUUGAGAUUGUACACGGCCCAAAGAGACUACUUACAGAACAGGACUAUGGAACGAAUGAAGACAUGAGAUCUAUAAUACAAUCAGCUUUUAAGAUAGUAUUUGCACGUGACCCCUAUCAGAGAAUUUUUUCAGCAUAUGUUGAUAAAUUCCUCAGUCCUAAUGCUAUGUUUUGGUCAUUUGGAAAAAAAAUCAUAAAGAGUGUUCGCAUCACCCAACCUAACACGACCCUCGGUUGUGGGGAAGAUGUGAAAUUCAGCGAAUUGAUAAGAUAUUUGACAGGAGUAAACCCAAAGUCAUAUGAUCGUCAUUUCCGACCCGUCUCGUUACAAUGUGACGUAUGCAACAUACAAUAUGACGUUAUUGGAAAAGUGGAAACAUUCGAGCACGACGCCAAGUUUAUUUUCAACCAGACUCAUGCAUCUGAGAGAGGCAUGAUAAUCAAGGAUUUCAAAGAAGAGAAUAAUAUCAAGUACAUCGUUUUCAAGGUGCAGAAAGCUUUCGGUUUCAAAAAGAGAACUUUGAAGUGCAUAAGUGACCACAUGGUACAUCGGCGUGUAUGGCGAGCCCUUCAGAUAUCAGGGUUGAUUAAUAAGUAUGAUGACUACCCAUUAAGUCCCGACGAGAGCAGUAAAGCAAAUAAGACAGCGAUAAUGAACUUGAUGUUACGUGCGUAUGAGCGAUCAUCGCCUGAGGCCAAAUUGAACAAACGGGAAGCUCUGCUCCAAGCUUACAGUCAGGUUCCUUUAGUGGGCCUUGAACAACUGCGGUUGAAAUACCUGAAUGAUCUCAUGUUGUUUGGUUAUGAGGAGAGGCCAUCCUACUUAUUCGACAAGGCAGAAACACACAGCCGAGAAAGUCAGGACAGUUUCGACUACUUUGACAUCUUGAAGUUGAAAGUGUAGACAAGUUUCAUGGCUAACAAGGCACUUUGAAACAAUCACACUUCUGCCAGUGUCGAUUUCCAAAUUGAAACAUGUUAACCCAGAUAUCUGUACAUAAAAGGAUCUAGUGUGAAACCAACAAAAAUAGUUUACAAUUAACAAUUGUAUUACAA